CAGUGAUGCUACUCUCUUCAUUCACUCCCCUCGCGCGGAGAAACACAGCAGCACGAGACGCGGAGCUCAUGCGCGCGGUUCGUUCACGGUUUGGAGUUGGACCUGUUGCUGACCUGUUGCAGUUUUUUUUUUUUUUUUUUUGCAUGCAUGCUGAGUACAAGGACAUUAUUCCUGGACUGUUUAGAUGUUCGUCCGGCUCCGUGUCAUGUAGCUCGGAUAAAGUUAAAGUUCUUUCUUUUUUUAAAAAAAAGUCGCAGUCAAGUUAGAGAAAAAUAAAUAAGACACGUGCAUGUAAACAGUGGUAGUGAGAGUCGCGUUUGGCAGCAUGGCGGAAACACACCGCACCGUUCACCGGAUUCCUGUCAUCCCGGAGCCCUGAGAGCGGACAGGAGCGGGAUCAGACGCCGGGAAGCUCAGCCGGGAAGCGGGAAGCGCGGAGCCGCGAUGGUGCUGACGCGGUGCGCGUUCGUGCGCGCGUGCCUCGCGCUGCUCCUGCAGGCCAGCCAGUGGAGCGCGAGGGAGAGCUCGAGCUGCGACCUCAACAGGAAGCAAAGUGAGCUCAACUCCUUCCUGUGGACGAUCAAGCGUGACCCACCGUCGUAUUUCUACGGCACCAUCCACGUGCCCUACACACGGGUUUGGGACUACAUCCCGGAGAACUCCAAAAAAGCCUUCCAGGAGAGCAAUAUUGUGUACUUUGAGCUGGACCUCACUGACCCGUACACCAUUUCGGCACUGACGCGGUGCCAGCUGCUACCGCAGGGCGAGAACCUGCAGGACGUUCUGCCGAGAGACAUUUACCGCCGAUUGAAGAGGCACCUGGAGUACGUCAAGCUCAUGAUGCCAUCGUGGAUGACUCCGGAUCAGCGGGGCAAGGGCCUGUAUGCCGAUUACCUGUUCAACGCCAUUGCAGGCAACUGGGAGCGCAAACGGCCCGUGUGGGUCAUGCUCAUGGUGAACUCGCUGACCGAGGCGGACAUUAAGACGCGUGGGGUUCCUGUGCUGGACCUCUACCUGGCUCAGGAGGCAGAGAGGAUGAAGAAGAAGACUGGAGCUGUGGAGAAGGUCGAGGAGCAGUGCCAUCCUCUCAAUGGGUUGAACUUCUCCCAGGUGAUUUUUGCCCUGAAUCAGACGCUGCUUCAGCAGGAGAGUCUGCGGGCCGGGAGUCUGCAGGUCCCCUACACCACAGAGGAUCUCAUUAAGCACUACAACUGUGGCGAUCUCAACUCCAUCAUAUUCAACCACGACACUUCACAGGUGCCCAACUUCAACAACGUCACUCUGCCUCCUAGUGAACAGAUCACGGCUCAGGAGAUUGACAGCUACUUCCGUCAGGAGCUCAUCUACAAGCGCAAUGAGCGGAUGGGCAAGAGGGUCAAAGCUCUGCUAGAGGAGCAUCCCGACAAGAGCUUUUUCUUCGCCUUCGGAGCAGGUCACUUCCUGGGCAACAACACAGUGAUCGAUGUUCUGAGAAGCCAAGGCUACGAGGUGGAGCACACGCCAGCUGGCCAGCCCAUUAACAGUGGCAAGAGAUCCAGUCGUCCUACAGAUGGAGCGGACGACAACGCAUCAGAUGUGGAGUCGCCAGUGGAAGCCUUCUUUCAUGAAGACCGAGAAUGGCGCCCCAUGGAGGAGGAGGAUCCUCCACCCCACUUGCUGCUCCCAGACAGCUUGGAGCUUCUUGAGAAAGUGGAGCGCAAGCUAAAGAAGAAACGGCGCAACAGGCUAAAGAAGCAACGUCACCGGCAGUUCAAUGACCUCUGGGUCCGCAUGGAGGAAAGCACAACGCUGGAACCGCCUCCGCCAGUCGUCCGCAUCAUAAACGGCUACAUCACGGUCCAGGACGACUCACGAGAUCACGGGAGGUCCAAUCACGACAGGACAUUCUCAGGCUCCUCCCCCACAAUGGGAGGAGCUUCCUUCACCAUGCUGAUAUUGUGCCUUCAGGUGAUCGUGCUCCUUGGCUUAAGCCUAUAAAGCAUCUGUGUGACCUUGAGCUUGACCAUGUGACGUCUUGAGAAAGACUCUAAAGGUCAUUCAGAGAGACUGAAGAAAAAGACUGCUGUACAUUCUCCUUUAAUGUAUUCUUCAUUUUCUGAAGGAUGACUGAUUCACUGCAAGCGAGUGAAGGCUCUGUAAAUACCAAAUGUAUCAUAGAUGUAAUUUAGAGACAUGAAUAAAAAAUGGAUCCUUUUUUGUUCAUUUUUAUAUAUAAAUAAGAUUCACUAUAUUUUUGUGACUAAAUGAGGUACUAACAAACAUUUUUUUAAAUCUCAAAUCUCCCUUAUUCAGGGAAAACAAUGCUUCACUAUUAUUUACAUUCUCUAAUGUGUUUGAUUUUUUUUUUAUUACAAGGAGUUUAUUUGUUUAAUUUAUUAAAUAUAUAGCUUUAGCUUAUUCUUAUUAUUAUUAUGUGUUCUGACAGCUCUUUAUGGUUCGGACUGGCUCUUUUUUCCGUGCUUUCUAAAGAUUUUUAUAUCACUGUCAUCCACUAGUACACAUUCCAGUAACAUACAGUACGUGGCACCGAGUUAUGAUGUUUAUGCGAUUGAAAGCAAUAAACUAUUUAUCUAGUUGAA